CCUAUGUUAAAGAAACGGAAGUAUUUCUGCCUAUGUUUUCCCCUCUGUAGUUUAAUUUCAUGUUAUUAGUCUGAAAACGACACCUGUAAGGACACCUUUUUGGUACUGAAAACACUGGCCGUACCUAAAUAAUGCUAUUUUCAGUCUUGCUAGAGGUUAUCCUGUGAUUUUAGAUGAAGUUCAAAAACUGUCAAAUUUCGCCAUUCAGACGUUCUCCAUGCGUCCAGUUAUGAUUUUCAAGUUUGGAGUAACAGUUAUUGUACUUGUUGCAAUUGUGAUAUUUUAUAUUUUACAUUACGAGCAACAACCAAACGAAAAUGAUAGUUAUGCUUCAAAACAGAAAAUUUUGAAAGAUAAACAUAGUCAUGAUAGUGAUAAAAGUGAACAUACCCUCAACAUAAAUAAAGAUAAUGAGUCCAAAAUUAAGUCAAAAGAUGACACAAACAGUAAUGUAGAUGAAAAUCAACCUGAAAAAAAGAAUAUCCAUAAAAAACUUCAUAUGCAAGAUGAUAAGCCAAAAGAAAAGAUGCAUUCAAAAGAUAAAAAGAAGCAAAGCAGCAUUAAUCAAAAUGCAGACCACACAGUCAAAAAAAGUAAGAAGAGUGGAGGAUCUGAAUUGACUUCCUUGAUGCCUGUUUUCAAGAGUACUGAUAAUAGGUCAGCAUCUGGACUGCACCUGGCGGUUGUUGCUUGUGGAGAUCGGAGAGACGAGUCUCUUGUUCUGCUCAAAUCGGCAGUUCUCUUUACAAAGAAGAAACUCAUCUUUCACAUUUUUGCAGAAAAAGAAUUACAAACAGGAUUUAGAGAUCAGUUUCAAUUCUGGCCCGAUGAAGUUAAACACAGAAUUGAGUAUUUCAUUUAUGACAUAUCAUUCCCACGUGGUUCCAAGACAGAUGAAUGGAAGAAACUUUUUAAACCAUGUGCUUCACAAAGACUUUUUAUUCCAUUGUUGCUAACUGACAUUGAUUCACUGUUGUAUGUGGACACUGACAUUCUGUUUCUGAGUCCUCUCGAUGAAGUGUGGGAGCACUUCAGUAAGUUUAAUUCCACACAGCUGGCUUCUCUAGCCCCGGAGCACGAGGAUGCAGCCGCUGGGUGGUACAACAGAUUCGCCAGACAUCCCUUUUAUGGAAAACUAGUGUUAAUUCUGCAAGUGGUCAACGAUUGUCUGUUUCUGUACUGCGUGGGUUUGAAUUCUGGAGUAAUGUUGAUGAACCUCACACGGUUACGAGCUUCAACAUGGCUGCCAUCCUUAAUAGCAUACUUCAAAGAAUAUGCACUCAAGAUAACUUGGGGUGACCAAGAUCUCAUCAAUAUUUACUUCUACUAUCAUCCUGAUGAGUUGUAUGUAUGGCCCUGUGAAUGGAACUACCGACCAGAUCACUGUAUGUAUAUGAGUGUGUGCAGAAACGCAGAGGCGACUGGAGCAUACAUUUUACAUGGGUGUCGUCGAGUCUUCUUAAACGAUAAGCAGCCAGCAUUCCGAGCUGUUUACAAUGCUUUUAGAGAUCAUUGGUUUGGAGCCGACAUUGAGUCCAGUCUGCUUUCGACUGUGAAGAAGAAUCUUGAGCCAGUGUUUACCUCACCCUGUGGGAAGUAUCCACAUAUAUUUACAAAACAAAUUGAAAAAUAUAUAAAGACCCAGAAGACUUUUACGAAAAAUGGUGUUCGUGAAAAUAUACAGCUUGAAACGAAAGAUUCAAAAUUUAUUCCAGUGCCACAUCCACCAAGUUAAAUCCAGUGACUCCAAUCCAAUAUUUUUUCUAUUUUAUGUUAAAUUUUAUUUUUAAUACAUGUAUUUUAACAGGGUUAAAACGUCCAGCAGUUCACCAGUAUAUUUAAAUUUAUGCCUUUUUUUUUUUUAAUUGGUGCAUUUUUUUUUUGUAAUGAAAAUUAUUUUUUAUAUAUAUAUUGGACUUGGGUUUGUAUUAACACAUUUCUACCUAAAAUAUGUUUGUCCAUUAACAAACUGUAACACAAAUACAUUUACAUGUAUGACAAUGAGAUAAAUGGUGAUGUUACAGUAUUUACUUUUUGUAUGGUACUAUUGGUAUUUGACAGGUUGUGCUAUCUUGGUAUCACCUGGGCCUAGGAUAGGUACCGAAGUUUGAAGCCAGUACUGAAAAGAACAUUGCCUCAUUGUUGUGGGUUUGAAAACGAACUUGAUACCCAACAACCUAACCAACAGCUCUUAGUGUGGUACAAUCUCGCUUCACCAGUACGUCACUCUGUUUAAAAGUAUGCUUGUACAGAUAUUAAAGACCACUUUUAAUGCCCAGGACUAGAAUCUUUUAUAUGCACUGAUGUGGUUUACGGCUAUUCUAUUUAAAGUUACAUAAUUUUUCAUCAGAAACAAAUUUGCCAAGUUCACUGACAUCACAUUGUCAUUAUGUACCUGAGUUUGCAAUAGCUAUAUCCCAAUGCAUAAUGAAACUUUAUUUUUCUCCCAUGAAGCAAUGAAAAUUAGUAAUUUAUUAUACAAAUGUCAAAAGAGGAAAACUUUUUGAAGAAAAGAAUGGAAAGCCCACAAAGAUCUAUGCAAAUGUCAUUCCAUUUUUCAAAUCAUGCAUGUCAAAUUAACUGUAAUUUUUAUUAUAUCUAUUUAUAAACUGUUAUUUGUUAACAUAUAUUUUAAUCUGUUUACCGACUUGUAUCAAUGGCGAUUUCAUUUACUGGUAACUUUGUCUGAAUACCAAAUUGUGUUAUUUAUUGAAAGUAGUAGUUUUGUGAUUAAAUUAAUCAUAUAUACCGAUAUUAUGUAAUAACAUUUUUGUUUGAGAUGGUGAGAUGUUGAUGUCUAAUGAAAUCAAACAUUAUUUCCUAAAGGAAGUUACUACAUAGAGGAUGUUUCAUGUUUUUUGUCAAAUAUGAUUUAUAUCUCAUCGAGUGAAGUUUGAUAUGAUUGCAAACUUCAUGAUAUAUAACUUUUGGCAAUUUACCUUUAUUUUUAAAAUGCCAUCAGCAAAAUAGUUCCGGCUUUCUUACAGUGAAGAUAACACUUUCUACAGUGACAAUAACACGUUUUAGAGUGAAGUAGUGAUAUUUUCACUCUAAAAUGUGUUAUUGUCACUGAGUGACUGAUAACACUUUUAUUUCACUGAUAUUUUAAGAUAUUUCACUAAUGUUAUAUACUAAGUGUAUAUAUUUACUUCCACGGUAUUGUUUUCUGUAUGCUACUUUUCAAUAAUUAUUUAUGUGAGAUAGUUAGCAAUCAAGGUUUAUGCACAAUGUUUUCAUUGAUUUGCCCUGAAAGGAUCAUUCUUGAAAACAAUUUUUUUUUAAUCAGUUAAAAUUUGUUUAUAAAAAAGAAAACUUGUGUUCAUUUAAAAAAAAAUAAAGUACUGUAUAUCGGUGUGUAUUAACCGACUUUUCAAGUCUCUAAAUACCACCACGAUAACAGAGACAAUACAUAAAGUGAACAAAAAAUGUCUAAUAAAAUACAAUGAAAUUUCAGUGUUUAUGGAAAUACAAUACUAACUAAACCUCAUCAAUCAUUCCAGGCUCCAAAAGCUUAUCAUUAAGUUAGUUAAUCGGUUGCUUGGAUCAGUUUGUCAAACCAACACCCACGAUUGACUGUUGGCAACAGUGUUGUGUGAGACUGACUUUAUUUCAAUUAUCAGAAACAACAAACAGUGAAAAAUACACUAGUAUAUAUAUCUAUAUUUUUGUCUGGUUCAUCUACAUAAAUGUUGAGUCAGCUUAUACAUCAUACCCAAACAUAUUCUACAAUACUGCAGCCUACACAACACAUCCAGACAAUUAAUAUGGCCAAACAUAACAACACUUGCCACAAAACUGCAUGGAACAGUCACUGAACUAAUGAACACAGCCUCUUUUGUGGGAAUGACUGGUCUGAUGAUUUGACUAACGAAAAACGAGAAGAAGAAGACGAUACCAACCUUUUUGUACGAGAUAUUGAGGGGCAAAUUAAGGAGUCAGUCUAACCACAGUCUGCUAAUACACUCUCCUAUAUAUAUUUUUUGUGUCAUAUUACACUUGUAUUAUAACUUUGGAACAUCUUACUUACGGUAAUACUGAUAAAAUUAGCGGCUGUUCUCAUUACAGAGUUAUCUCCACUUUAUUUUAAUGUAUAGUAUAUACAUCCGAAGUGUUUCCGGUCAUCUUAGUGUUUCUAAUACCACAAAAUGUAUUUAUCAGCUUCUUUUUUUUAAAUGCAUGUACCUCUGAGAAGUAACAGUUAAGGAGACGAGUCUUAGUCUACGUUUUAAUGUCAUUUCCACAGUUCAAUAUUACAGACCCUUGUUUCACUUUAUCGCAACUUUAAGCAUAUAACAUAUACAGGUUAGUGACCAUUUUCACAGGUUCAAACUAUGAUCUGUGUCUUUAAAAUACGGUCUCACAACAGUUUUGAAAAUGUAUUACAUAACAUGCUUUUAUGUUCAGCAAUGGAUUUGUAUGUACAAGGCUUUAAUAAAAUGUUACAAAGUGGUGACAUACAUGUAUAUCAUGUAUUUUUUUCAUAAAUAUACAAAUUUAGGUGCUUAUUAUGGAAUAUUUUAGUUAUUGCUUAUUACAGAUGGGUGUCAAAAUAUUUCUAUUCUUAUAAAAUAGUUGAUGGGGUUUUUUUACUACAUAUUUAUUCAGUAUCUCUAGAAGUGGUUCUGUGGGCAUCUUUUUUAUAUUAUAAUUUUUGUAUAACUUGAAUGUUUUUUAGACAUGCUGUGCUAUGGUGCUCUCUUUGUAUCAAGUGUACUGAAUAAAAUUAUGUGUUACUUAA